AUGUCCUCAAAAGUGUUCCUCUCAAUCUCACUAGCCCUCGCCCUCGCCACCAUCAUCUAUCAACGCAUUAACAUUACACGUCUCACGAAUGAGGUGGCGAGCAACACGCGGAAUCGACGUUCCAUCUACGAAUACGGAAAUGGAAAUGACUUUCGCGACGAUUAUUUGCCCGUUUAUGCCGAAAUGACGAAAACGCAGCUGAAGAUGCUCUGCGAAAAGCAUAGAACGACAAUAGGGUUCGACGCUCGGCAUACACGCAAAAAGGGGCAUCGUGCAGAGGAAAGAACGCAAUGUCAAUUGGACGUCUCGGUGACGGCGCCCCGGCUCGUCACCACCCGCCCCCAUCCUGUCGGCUCGGCGCUGCGUGAUGGGAAAUAUUGGUUUGUGUUCGAGUAUCACCUCGGCUACUCUCUCCUCGUGUUCCACAACGAAUCGGCCCUCGCUGAUAUGACAUUACCGUAUCCAUUCCACGGCACCGACGCCGCCGUCCACAAUCGGAGCGUCGUGUACUUGUUUGGCGAAUCGUUGAUAGCGCACAAUCUUGAGACGAAGGCCACUCGCCAUCAUGCCCUCAACAUUUCGCAGGACCCGCUGUACAGCGGCUCGGUCUCCCGCAUCGAUGCUGGGGCCGAUGAGCACGGAUUGUGGGUGCUCUACCGGGAGCGGGGAGAGAGCGGGCUGACCGCGCUGCGCCUGCACGUCAAGAAUCUGAAGGAGAUGAGCCGCUGGAGGGUGGACGUCGACCCGUCAGCAUUGUGCAACUCGUUCGUGCGUUGCGGGACAUUGUUUAGCGUGCGAUGCCCAUCAGGGGAUACGGUAGAAGUGGCGCCAGUGUUCGAUUUCUACCGUAACCGGCCCGUCUCGGGUGGAAAGGUGUUGAAAUGGAGCGUGGGUGAUAUGGGUUCGGCUGGCCUUGGCAGUGCCCAAUUUGACCCGCAAUCUCGCACCUUGAAUCUGUUCGCCGGUGGACGCAUCUAUUCGGCGCAAUUCGGGAAU